UAAGCACAUUCAUGCCCAGAUCGAAGGGUGCACGAAGACUAUGAUGGUUUCCAGCAUGCUUUACUAGACACCCAGGAAUGUGUAUUCAGCCCAGACGCAAAUGGCAGCGUGGCAGUCGAUUGACUGCAAUCACAGGUUCUAUUACGCAUAGAAGCGACGAAUCAAAAGGGCCAGGGGAGUUGAAUGCUUUGACUGGCGUGAGAGCGCUUGCCUGCAUAAGUAUAGUUCUGGGCCACUCGAUGUUUGCCCUGGGAUUUGCAUGGCCGGAACGCCAUCUAGAAUGGUCUGCAUUUGUGCUUCUCAUUCCUUUAUGUUCCCAUUCUUGCAAGUCUUGCAUGUCUCCCUUAUGCAUGCGUCUGGCCGUAUUCCAGAAUUUCUGCAGAGUGGAUGGCCCAAGCUCAUGCAAGCCUCACCUAUCCGCUACGAUUAUGUAUGCAGCGUUGGAUGCUCACCCGUGGAUGCUGGCGCUAGUGAAUCUUUCGGAGCCUGCCAUGGAUACAUUUCUCAUUCUGGCAGGCUUCUUUGCAGCUCACACCCUCGGCCCAGCUUUCCAGUCCGGCAAAACCCCUCAACAGGUUGUCAGGAAUUACUUCAUGAAGCGGAUCCUGCGAAUCGUGCCGAGCUACUAUGCAAUGCUGGUGCUGGUCUAUUGCGCGUUCCUGCCCAUGCUGUAUAGUGACGCCACGUCAGCCGCCCCAGAGGCCCGGCAAGCCAUAACCACCCUGUGGUUUAACCCCGGCGACGGCUGCCCGGAUAAGCUCUGGGCAAACUUUGCAUUUGUGAAUAACCAGCUGCUGCGAGCGGGCUGUAUGAAGUAUGCUUGGAGUCAAGCUGUGCAGGCGCAGUUCUACCUGGGGUUCCCUCUGCUGCUCCGGCUGCUACGGCCAGCAGCGCGCGGCCUGUUCAGGCGCCUGGCGGUGACUGCGGGGUUAGUCAUCGCCGCCGUCACCACAUACCGCGCGGCUGUCGCGCUGCAGUUUGAACUGCCGGUGCCGGUAUUCGGCCCCCUCGACGAACCCCGGAUGCUGGAGCUCAUGACUCGCACGCUGAGGCUGUCCUACUACAGCCUGCUGCCCCGGCUGAGCCACCUGUCUUUCGGAGUGCUGGGCGCUUGCUCCCUCCGCAGCAAGGGGUUCAGAGAUGCACUGGUGCAACGGCGGCGGCUCGCGAAUGCUUUGGCGGCCGCAUCAGCGGCGCUUGUCGCCGCCACGCUGUUUGGGAACCGCUUCGGCCCGGCACCGGACGUUAGUCACCCGCUCGCAUCCCCUGCCGCGUUAGUCAUCGGCGUUGCCGGCAUCACCGGGCUGCUGCAGCCGGCCGCGCUGACGUAUUUAGUCAUCCACCUCGUUUUGAAUAUUUCAAAAAGGGUUUCGAACUUCUUCUCGUGGCGCGGGUGGCGGCCGGUGGCAGAGGCGUCAUAUGAUGUGUAUCUCCUGCAUCCGAUGGUCAUGUUUGGGGUGUGGUCUGUUUUGGCGCCGGGGGAUUGGUUUGAUAUCAAAACCCCCCGGCCGCUGCCCUUUCUGGGGGUGUGCGCAAUUGUUGUUGGGGUUUCGUUUGUGUUGGCGCGAGCGCAUAGUAGGGCGUGGGGAUGGGUGCUGAGGAGGACUCGUUUGCUUGCAUAG